AUGUGGGAGGAGACUGUGGGAUAUAUAAGCAGACGCUCCUGGCUGCAGCUGAACAGAAAGCACCUGCUGCUGCUGCUGCACAGAGUUCAGACGCAAAACCUGUCCACUGACUUGAACGUGUCCUUCCAUCCAACUCCACAAAGAACCACAAUGGGCCGCUUCAGGAGCAAGAUGCUGGGUUUAUUCAUUAUCUGCAUGUCUCUACAAGAUGGCCUUGGACUCCCUUUAUCAGACCAGCAGGAAGCGCUCGUCUCAGAGCCGCAUCCGCGCCACAUCAGGACCAAGCGCUGCUCCUGUAGCAACUGGGAAGACAGAGAGUGCAUCUACUUCUGCCACCUGGACAUCAUCUGGGUCAACACACCAAGCAAACUCCUUCCUUAUGGCUUGGGAAGUUCUGCUUCUCGCCGUCGCCGGUCAGCCAGCCGAUGUGAAUGCCACGAUCCUGCAGAUAAAGCCUGCCGUGGCUUUUGCCACAAAAGUCCUGAGGAUGGCAGGACGGAGGUCUUGCAAAAAGUUACUGGCAGAAACAACCGCAGCCUUCUUACAGCUUUAAGAUCUGUGGUCAAGCUCAACAUGGCAAUUGCAAAAGGUAUUCGGUCUUCGAACUCUUCAGGAGCCAAGAAGACCAAAACAAGAAGGUAAAGAAGUGAAGAUCCGAAGAACUCUCUGACUUAAUGGAUCCUACCUCCCAGUGGGGUACCAGAGACCCUGUGAGACUCCUCCAAACUCUUACUGACUCCGGAGCUCAAAGGGAUUCCCCAUCAUGUGGAAGCAGGAGUGGAGACAUGAAAGCGAAAGGGGGAAAAUGAAGACAUGUUUCAAACUUUGGGAGACUCCAGAGUUCUAAAUGAGGAACCCUAAAUGGAGGAAAGAGCGUAUGUGAAGAUGUUGUCUUUUUCUCCUCCUUGGACAAUAAUGGGCCAAAUCACAGUUUAUAUGUAAUCAUUGGUCUCCCUCAAUCAGAGAUACCAAAAUGUUGACAUUACUGAAGGGUCAAAUAUUCAAGAAAGGUCAAAAGUACCAACAGGGACUGGGAAUUUGGGCUCAGUGGAUGAAACACCAACAUUGGUUCUCUGGAUAGACCUUGAAAUUGAGAACUGUGUCAUUUAUAACCUAGAGUCACCUAGAUUUGCUCUACAUA